ACGUAGACCUAUAUAUACCAACCACCAUAACAAUUAGGGUUUUUUUUAACCCUCUGCCUCUCGAUUUCACUCCCCCAAAUUCAUCACCGAUCGGUUCGAAUCGAUUAAAUCUCUUUUAUUUAUCUCAAUUCAUCACUUUCAGCAUCAAUCGAUUGCGUCAGGUUCGUUAAAUUGUUUAAAUCGAGCGUUUUUAAACAAAUUAGGGUUUUUUUUCGUGCGAUCCAUGAACAACGAUGAUUAGAGAUCAUUGCAUCUUCGAUCGUCGUUGAUCGUUGGAUAUUACAGGGGGUUUGGGGUUUUGUAUGGAAACUCGUAGCCGGAAGAGGGCGGAGGCCACCUCAUCAGCCCAUUCUUCUUCGUCGUCCGGCGGACCGACAACUCGUUCGAACAAACGCACUCGUCUUUCAACCGGUUCGUCAUCUGCUUCAGCCGUAGCGGUCGCAGGUUCUAACGUUGUUGCUCAAUCGGUAUCUACGCGUUUACGUAGUUCUAAUAUGGAUAAUUCGGUUAAUGAGUCGGGCUCGGGGUCGGGUAGAGGGCGUCGGAGUAGGAAGAAUGUUGGUAAUCAGGGUUUGGGAUUGGAUAGGGAUAAUUUGGAUAAAGGAAAAGAGAAAGAACAUGAGGUUAGGGUUAAGGAGAGGGAUAAUGUUAAUAGGGAGAAUAAUCUGGGGCUGAAUAUUGACGGUGGAGGUGGAGCGGAUGAUGAUGAGGAUGACGAUAGCGAGGGUGGAGGUGUGGGGAUUUUGCAUCAAAAUUUGACUUCUGCGAGUAGUGCGCUUCAGGGUUUGUUGAGGAAGUUAGGUGCUGGGUUAGAUGAUUUGCUUCCUUCGUCGGCGAUGGCGUCGGCUUCGUCGUCGCAUCAGAGUGGGAGGUUGAAGAAGAUUCUUUCGGGGUUGCGUGCCGAUGGAGAGGAAGGGAAGCAGGUUGAGGCAUUGACGCAGCUGUGUGAGAUGCUAUCUAUUGGGACGGAAGAUUCGCUUAGUACGUUUUCGGUGGAUUCGUUUGUGCCUGUUCUUGUUGGGUUGCUUAAUCAUGAGAGUAAUCCGGAUAUUAUGUUGCUUGCUGCUCGGGCGCUUACACAUCUUUGUGAUGUGCUACCGUCGUCUUGUGCUGCUGUGGUGCAUUAUGGAGCUGUUUCUUGCUUUGUUGCUAGGCUGCUUACAAUUGAGUAUAUGGACUUGGCUGAACAGUCCUUGCAAGCUCUUAAGAAGAUAUCUCAGGAGCACCCAACUGCCUGCUUGCGAGCAGGGGCUCUAAUGGCAGUGCUUUCUUAUCUUGACUUCUUUUCAACAGGAGUCCAGCGUGUGGCACUAUCUACUGCUGCAAACAUGUGCAAGAAACUUCCUUCUGAUGCUGCCGAUUUUGUCAUGGAAGCUGUUCCCUUAUUGACUAAUCUUCUUCAGUACCAUGAUGCCAAGGUUUUGGAGCAUGCUUCAGUUUGUUUGACUCGAAUUGCUGAGGCAUUCGCAGCAUCUCCUGAUCAGCUAGACGAGCUUUGUACCCAUGGAUUGGUUAAGCAAGCAGCUUCUCUCAUAUCAACCAGUUGCUCCGGAGGCGGACAAGCAUCCCUCAGUACAUCUACAUACACGGGCUUAAUUCGAUUGCUAUCUACAUGUGCAAGUGGUUCUCCUUUAGGAUCCAAAACGUUGCUCCUUUUAGGGAUCAGCGGGAUUGUUAAAGAUAUAUUAUCCGGGUCUGGUCUUGUUGCAACAAUGUCUGUGUCACCUGCCUUGAGUAGACCACCGGAGCAGAUUUUUGAGAUUGUGAAUUUAGCAAAUGAGCUUCUUCCUCCAUUGCCAAACGGAACCAUAACUCUUCCUACCAGUAGUAAUGUAUUUGUCAAAGGGUCUCUCUUGAGAAAGUCGACUGCAGGAAGUGGUAGCAAGCAAGAAGAAUCGGGUGACAGUGCACUCGAGAUCUCCGCUCGUGAGAAGUUGUUGACCAAGCAGCCUGAGCUUUUGCAGCAAUUUGGGAUGGACCUUCUUCCUGUUCUGAUUCAGAUAUACGGGUCAAGUGUAAAUGCGCCUGUGCGUCACAAAUGUCUUUCGGUGAUCGGGAAGUUGAUGUACUUUAGCACCGCCGAUAUGAUUCAAUCUCUACUUGGUGUUGCAAACAUAUCAAGUUUCUUGGCUGGGGUUUUAGCAUGGAAGGACCCUCAAGUGUUGGUACCGUCUCUUCAAAUUGCGGAGAUACUAAUGGAGAAACUUCCGGAAACGUUCAGUAAGAUGUUUGUGAGAGAAGGUGUUGUCCAUGCAAUAGAUACACUUGCCGAGUCAUCAUCACCAUCUGGUAAUGCUCUUUCUUCACCAUUAUCAAGUGAGAAGGUUAAUGAUUCUAUAUCUGGAUCCUCCUUACGCUCGAGGCGUUAUCGACGCCGCAUUGCUACAGAUGUGAAUGCUGCUGAAGAUUUGAAAACUUCUGUUGAACUGCCAGCUGUCAGUUCUAGUCUUCGGAUGGCGGUUAGUUCAAGUGCAAAAGCUUUCAAGGAUAAGUACUUCCCUUCCGAUCCUGGUGCUACUACUGAAGUUGGGGUUACAGAUGAUCUUCUACAUUUGAAAAAUCUUUGUAAGAAAUUGGGUGCUGGCGUGGAUGAUCAUAAGACAAAGUCAAAGGGGAAGUCAAAAGCGUUUAGUCUUCGGUUUGUUGAUCAUUCGCCUGGAAAAGAAGAAGACCUGUUAGGAGUGAUAAUCGAAAUGCUAGCAGAGUUAACCAAAGAUGAUGGUGUUUCUACAUUUGAAUUCAUCGGUAGUGGUGUUGUGGAUGCUUUACUAAACUAUUUCUCUUGUGGACAUUUUUCCAAAGAACGAGUAUCAGAAACGAAUCUACCUAAGUUACGCCAGCUGGCUACUAAAAGAUACACGUCUUUUAUACAAGCUGCACUUCCGUUAAGUCUUGAUGCUGGAAAACAAGCUCCAAUGAGUAAUCUAGUUCAGAAGCUUCAAUAUGCAUUGACAUCUCUAGAACGUUUCCCAGUGGUUUUAAGUCACAGUGCCAGAUCAUCUACUGGAAAUGCACGUUUGUCAUCUGGUCUCGGGGCAUUAUCUCAGCCGUUCAAAUUACGUCUUUGUAGAGCACACGGCGAAAAGUCUCUUCGCGAUUAUUCUUCAAAUGUUGUCUUGAUUGAUCCUUUAGCUAGUUUGGCCGCUGUGGAGGAUUUUCUUUGGCCACGUGUUCAACGUAGUGAGUCUGGUCAGAAGCCUUCUGGAUAUGGAACCAACUCUGAGUCUGGAACUGGAACUACACCUGCAGGAGCUGGAGCUUCGUCUCUAUCUACUCCUGUGGCUGCUACACGUCAUCACUCUACCAGAUCCAGAUCGUCAGUUAAUAUAGGUGACUCAGCCAACAAAACGGAAGAGAAAACCGCAAGCUCUUCAAAAGGGAAGGGAAAAGCUGUAUUGAAGUCGGGUCAAGAUGAGGGGAGAGGGGGCCCACAGACUAGAAAUGCUGCUCGUAGACGGGCUUCUUUGGAUAAAGAUGCACAGAUGAAAUCUGUAGAUGGGGACUCUACUUCGGAGGAUGAGGACUUUGAUAUAUCACCUGUUGAGAUGGAUGAUGCAUUGGUGAUUGAAGAUGAUGACAUUUCUGAGGAUGACGAUGAAGAUCCUGAUGAUGUACUAAGGGAUGAUUCCCUUCCCGUUUGCAUGCCAGACAAAGUUCAUGAUGUUAAGUUGGGUGAGGAAAGACCCGCUGGUGGUGCAACCAGUGAUAGUCAGACAAACCCUGGUUCUAGCAGCAGCAGCCGAGGUGUUGUGGUUCGUGGGUCAGACUCAUUAGGUUCAAGAGGUAAAAUGUCGUUUGCUGCUGCUGCUAUGGCUGGGCUUUCAUCAGCAAAUGGCGGCAGAGGAGGUAUAAGGGGCGGCAGAGACCGCCACGGGCGGCCGCUCGUCGGCUCUCCUAAGCUAGUCUUUUCUUCAGGUGGGAAACAGCUAAACCGUCAUUUAACAAUCUAUCAAGCUAUUCAGAGACAGCUUGUUCUCGACGAGGAUGAUGAUAAUGGAAGUGAUUUCGUAUCUAGUGAUGGUAGCAGAUUAUGGGGUGAUAUAUAUACCAUAACAUACCAAAGAGCAGACACCUGUCACACCCAAACAGUUGGAACCCCGAGUUCUACAACCCCAUCUAAAUCCAGUACCAAAGCGGGGUCCACCUCAAAUUCUAAUAGUGAUUCACGAAUCCAUCAAAUGUCUCUUCUAGACAGUAUUUUACAAGGGGAACUUCCAUGUGAUCUGGAAAGGAACAACCCUACUUACAACAUAUUAUCACUAUUACGUGUGUUAGAAGGGUUAAAUCAGCUGGCACCACGCUUGCGUGUACAGUCAGCAACAGACAGUUUUGCUCAAGGGAAAAUUUUCAGUCUAGAUGAAUUGAAUAUUUCUACUGGUGUUAGGGUUCCUUCUGAUGAAUUUAUUAAUAGCAAAUUAACUCCGAAAUUGUCUAGGCAAAUUCAAGAUGCUCUUGCACUUUGCAGUGGUAGUCUUCCAUCAUGGUGUUAUCAGUUAACAAAAUCAUGCCCGUUUUUAUUUCCUUUCGAAACUAGGCGACAGUAUUUUUAUUCAACUGCUUUUGGUCUAUCACGUGCAUUGCAUCGGCUUCAACAGCAGCAGGGUGCAGACGGUCAUGGAUCUAUGAACGAGAGGGAAUUUAGGGUCGGGAGAUUACAACGCCAAAAAGUCCGUGUUUCCCGGAAUCGUAUACUAGAUUCUGCUGCAAAAGUCAUGGAGAUGUAUUCAAGUCAAAAAGCAGUUCUUGAAGUUGAAUAUUUCGGUGAAGUUGGAACCGGUUUGGGCCCCACUUUGGAGUUUUACACCUUGUUAAGCCAUGACCUUCAAAAAGCAGGAUUGAGAAUGUGGAGAUCUAAUUUGCCAGAUGUCAACACAUCAGUGGAAGUUGACUCGAGAGAUAAAAAAUCUGGCAAGGGUCUUGGAGACCUUAUUUUAGCACCUCUAGGGUUAUUUCCACGUCCUUGGCCUCUUACUGUUGAUACUUCUGAUGGAGCCCAGUUUUCUAAAGUAAUAGAACAUUUCCGCCUGCUUGGUCGUGUAAUGGCUAAAGCGCUUCAAGAUGGUAGGCUUUUGGACCUCCCACUUUCAGUCGCCUUCUAUAAACUCGUGCUUGGACAGGAACUUGAUUUGCAUGACAUUUCAUUAUUUGAUGGGGAGUUUGGUAAGACAUUGCAAGAAUUGCAAGCUCUUGUUUGCCGGAAACAGUACUUGGAGUCUUUACAUGACCAAAAUGAAAUACUCAACUUACGGUUUAGGGGAGCCCCGGUUGAAGAUCUUUGUCUAGAUUUCACGCUUCCUGGCUAUCCUGAUUUUGUUCUCAAAACAGGCGAUGACAUUGUUGAUAUAAACAAUUUGGAAGAGUACAUUUCUCUGGUAGUUGAGGCCACUGUCAAGACUGGUAUCACACGACAGAUGGAAGCAUUUAGAGCUGGAUUCAGUCAGGUUUUUGACAUUUCGGCUCUACAAAUCUUUUCUCCUAGUGAGUUGGAUUAUCUACUUUGUGGCCGUGGGGAGUUGUGGGAGGCUGAUACACUUGUUGAACACAUAAAAUUUGAUCAUGGAUACACUUCCAAGAGCCCUCCAAUAGUUAAUUUGCUUGAGAUUAUGGGAGAGUUUAAUCCAGAACAGCAGCGGGCUUUCUGUCAGUUUGUGACUGGUGCACCUCGCCUUCCUCCUGGUGGUUUGGCUGUGUUGAAUCCCAAGUUAACAAUUGUGCGGAAGCAUUCUUCAACAUCCAACAACGCGGCUUCGAAUGCGGCUGGAGUGUCAGAAUCUGCAGAUGAUGAUUUGCCAAGUGUGAUGACAUGUGCUAAUUAUCUAAAGCUUCCUCCGUAUUCCACUAAGGAAAUUAUGCUGAAGAAACUCUUGUAUGCUAUUAACGAAGGACAAGGAUCGUUUGAUUUGUCAUGAGUUUUCGUUUCAAACUAACCAAAUUGUGUAUAUUGUAUCCUUUGAUAACUGGGGCUCAAUAAAGGUUUCUUCUCUGCCUUCCCCAAAGUGUCGGUGAUGACAUGGUUAUGGUUAAGUUAAAUGCAGACGAAAUGAUUGGUCGUGGCUUGUUCAAGAAGAAGGCUCUGCGAAGAACGAACAAAUUUGUCAAGCUGGUUUUUUUUUAUAAAUUUACUACAAGAGUUUUGUAAAUAAAUAGUGGAAUGUGAUGGCAUUCUGUAGUUUGCUUUUUAUCUACUUCAAAUUUUUGUCUAUGCAACUUCUUUUGGAACCUUGUAUUUGGCUAUCUUCUAUGCUUUAUUUUGUUUAUGACU